AUGCAUUGGCCACCUUCUGUUAAAAUGAUUUUUGCAAUUGGUUUAUUUCACGUCCACGGGCACAAGACGGAAUGUCUUUACAACUACGCAUCCACCUAUGUCCCGGGUGUGGGAAUCAUUGACGGAGAAAUCCUGGAGCCGUUGUGGUCCGUGUUAAAUGACACAUCCCGGAGUACACGUUCCGCUACCACUGCCCAUCGAGCAGAGGUUUUGGACGACCACAUGGGGGAUUCCAACUGGAAGAAGACCAUUAAUAUGGCUGCAACAAUUGCUGCAAAGUUCAAACGGGCACGGGAACAGUCCGGAAUCACAGACCGAUUUUAUAGGGGUAUCACGGAUCAACAAGAUUCCGGGCUCAUCAACACUUGGGAAGAUGAAAUUUCAAAAGCAGAAGCGGACCGAGAACAAGGUGUGGCCGACGCUGUUGGCAAGGUAAUGGCAAGCAAAGUGAAAACGGCUGCUGGACGCCAAGAAAUUGAAUUGCAUCUUUCAAAUAUGGAACUUACAUCUAAUGGUGCUACUGGAAAGGCAGCAUGGAUAUCAUCCGGCUUAAAACUGGAGCAAGCGCAAUUGGAGCUCAGGGACCAUGUCAGAAAGCUCGGAAAGCAUCCUUCCACCGCGCAGAAACUUGACUUGGUCAAUAAACGUUGCUCCAUGCGGACCCGCGUUGAAGCCUUCUGUCGAUCCGCUAUGACCUUCAUGGGCGAAGAUGUCUUGGAGGAUAUUCAAGGGGACAUCGCUCCCAUACUUGACUAUGAAGUCAGUGACAACGACGAUCCUGAUCUUGGAAAUGUCAACAUUACCCGCGCGGAUCCGGAACGACAGCCGCUUCCGUUUCCCUCCGCCGUCAAACAAGAUUUCUUUGACGGCCUUGACGCGGGAACAAACCUCAUUUUAAAAGGGCUUCGCAAACUUGAACUUCAAAUAAGACAUGGCCACGCAGAAGACUGUCUGGAAGCGGUCCGGUCAGCCUUGAUCCAGCUUUCUUGGCAGUAUAAAUAUCAGGUUCGGACCGCCGACUCCGUCUAUAUGGGGACUCGUGCUUGGGAUGGCGUCAAGCUUUUGAAUGCUUCCUGGAAAUUGCACCGGCGACUCUACAACACAAACCGUCAGAAGAUGAUCUAUUUAUCUGCUGGCGUGCGAGACAAGGAUAAUAUUCGGAAACAAUAUCCCAUUCUGCAAGUCCAUGAUUGCAAGCAUAGUAAUGCCGUGUCGGAUCCGAACAUUCGCGGAGGAAGCUCGGACCGUCUAAGUUGGAUUUGGAGAUCCCGUCAGGGCCUGGACAAUGAUAAUCAAUUAUACGUUAAUGAGUUCUUCAGGCUAAACUGGCUCCGCGCGCGAGCUCAGAGGAAUAGAUGGCAAGAAGAGCUGGCCUUGACAAAAAAGGAAAUGGAAUGGACUGUCAGAUUUUAUGUGUAUAUGGCAAAGACAUGGCGUGCACGGCAUGAUUUUGUUCCUGACAGGUUAGUUGGUCACAGGGCAAAUGCUCAAAAGCAGAUUGCCAUGUGGAAUGAUCUGGGGCGGGCCGCGGAUAAGGUCUUCCGUCAAAUUAACCCGGAGUAUCCGUCCGUUUCUUUGAACAUUCUUGUUGUAUCCCAUCUCGUUGAAUUCAUGCACUUACCGCGGCUUUUUAAACCUCCUGUCGAGGACGAACAUCAUCUCCUUACCUAUGAUGAGCGACGUGCUCUGGCCAAAGUUCAUGUCCAUAUUUGUGGUGCACGGAUCCGUGCCGGAUACCGUUUGUUCAUUGCAAACGGAGACUCUGUUUCCUCCGUGCGUCGCCAAAAAUGGAUGUAUUUGCUCGACCUGGAGGUGAAUCAGAGCGUACAUGCCAUUUUGAACCGAACUCCCCACCAUCGAGCUGUUUUAUUUGAAUCUCUAAAUCAAAGCUGGUCAGCAUGGGAAGAUGAUGAAAUUUUAAAUCAGACCAAGAGCUGGGGAUAUUGGUGGAGGGACGGAUUUGCUGAAGGCGAUGAGUGGCAAGUUGCCUUUGUUACCGUUGAAUCGCAAGCAAGAGAAUUUUGGAACAAGGUGGUUCUGCCUGAAUACCAACAAGAGGUACUCCGGCUAAAUAAUCAGAGGAAAGAAGCUAAGGAGGGCGCAAGUUCAUCUACCUCUGGGCCUCCAAGAAAUCAGGAAAACAAUCCCAAGGGCAAGGGAAAGGCGGCUGAACGGACAUCCGUCCCCACCUCGGGGAAGCACGGAUCCGCGUUGACGGGAAAGCACGGCUCCGCGUUUUCACCGCCCACGGGGAAACCCAAUCCGCCGACCCGUGUUGCAAACACGCGGGAUGAAACAUCCCCAAUUGCAAUUUCUGACCACAGACCGCCCUACUGUCCCCGCUGCGGUCAGCCUAUCCUAACGGGCGUAAUGAGGGAGUUGGCUCACCUGCGCCGGAAUGUGGCGGACAAAAUGAAGAAUGCCCAUAAAGCAGUGACUACUUCUUCGGCCGCCUUGGGCAGAUAUUCUGUAUUGGAGAAGAUGUGGAUUGACUCUAAGGAGCUCCCGUUCUCUAACGGCAAGGGGCUUUCAGCCAAAUACAAAUUUCAGCAUCCCGUUCACCCUUCUCCUGACAGUUGGGGCGCUAUAACGGCUCAAGCCCGGUCCUUCGAGGUCUCAAAGCUCAAAGUCGCUUCAUUUUACAUCAACGACAUUUUUUAUUCUUUUAUUGCCGUCAAGGAACUACCUUUUCAUCCACUCUGGUAUCAUUCGCCACCCUCCAACACUGCAAAUAUUCAUCUCCCAACAGAUACUCUGCCUACGCCCGGUUCCGUCAGCCCUCCGUCAAAUGCACACACCAGCAAUGCCUUCCUUUUUAACGCAAGGUCAAGACCUGUUUUCCCGGGAGAAGAGGAUGAUAUUGAUAGUACGUCCGAUACCACUGAAUCCUCUACACCAGCUACGUUUUUAGAGCAUCUCGCACAGGACUUUGAAGAGGAGGCGGAUGAGGAGUCUUCCGCCGGUGAUACGACGGAGGAGUCAGAUGCUUCCGGUAACUCGGAAGAGCUUAGCGAGGACGUGUCGGAAACACCCUGGGAUGAGGAAUCUUAG